UCUGUGAUCUACUAAAUGCUCUUAAUCUAUGAGCCUGAGAUCGAUUGCUCUGGUCUCCACCCAAGUUCGCGGGGAAAUCGCGGGUUUUUCCUCAUUGCACUGAAGGUUAUUGAGGAAACGAUACCAUAUCAUGCUCGUGAUUAUUUCUCCCCUUUUUCAGACUGCAGGGUGGGAGAUGCAACAAUGGCCUUGAGAACAGCAGGAAGUGUGUUGGUGGUCUUUCUCUGGUCUGUAGCAGUGGUACUGGGUCAGUAUGGCUGGAGUGUUACAUACACCACUCAGAGUAUCUGUGUUUUGAAGGGGUCAACAGUUGAGCUGUCCUGCUCUAUCAGAUAUCCCAGUGGUACAGUCACAUCAACCUACUGGUUCACUAAAUGGGGGACUGGUGUAGAACCUGAAGAUCUAGGUCAGAACCCAGAGUAUGCAGGUCGUCUGGAGUAUCAUGGGGAUAAGAAGAAUGGUCACAACCUGAGAAUCACAGACCUGAGAGAGAGAGACUCAGCUACGUACAAGUUCAGAUUUAUAACAGAUCAGACUGGAGGGAAAUAUACUGGUGAUCCUGGAGUCACUCUGUCUGUCACAGCUCUGCAGGUGAAGGUGACUUAUUCAACUUGGCCAAAUUGGGUGACAAUUACCUGUAUCACCACCUGUACUCUGACUGGUAACCCCACCUACAUCUGGUACAAGAACGGACAACAUCUAGAUGAGAGCACCUCCCCCCAGUACAAAGACCCAGUCUCCAGUAACUAUGAGGACAGUUACUCCUGUGCUGUAAAAGGUCAUGAGGAUCUCCACUCUCCUGCAGUGUGUGUUCAGGGUCAGAGCUGCAACAGAGUAACUUACACCAAGAGGAGAAUCUGUGUCUUGAAGGGGUCAACAGUGGACAUAUCCUGUACAUAUGUUGGUUAUUAUUCCACCACAUCAACAUUCUGGUUUAGAAGUGAUAAGUCGACCCCUGAAGACCUAACCACAGACCCAGGGUAUACAGGUCGUGUGAAGUACACUGGAACAUACAGAUGUCCCUUCACCCUGAGAAUCACAGAUCUGAGAGAGGAGGACUCAGCUGAGUAUCGCUUCACUUUUAAAACAGACAACUUUGAAUGGGGUCAUAGUUUCCCAGGAACAACUCUGUCUGUCACAGGUCUGCAGGUGAAGGUGACUCCUGCUGCAGAGGGACAGAAGACACUGACCUGUAUCACCACCUGUACUCUGACUGACAACCCCACCUACAUCUGGUACAAGAACGGACAACGUCUAGAUGAGCCCACUUCCCAACAAUACUCUAGUAAUAUGCUGGUGGUCUGGGAUUCUUCUGUGAACAUUUACUCCUGUGCUGUUGAAGGUCACGAGGGUCUCCACUCUCCUGAAGUUUGUUUUCAGGUGAAGGUGACUCUCAACAGUUUUCAGUGUAUAAGACACUGA